AUGUUUCAGUACUUCUGGUUUGUUGCAUUUUGUUCAAGUUCAAGAAUGGUUUCAGAGGAAGUAGACGUUACAUCUUCCAGACAGGCUUUCUACAGAACGAUUUAUCGUCAGUGCUUUUCCCCUGAUGGCGACUGGUUAGUAGCAGUAGAUUCCUUGGCUUAUUUAUAUCUUUUCGACUUUCGUAAAGCAUGUGAACCGGAUGUGACUGGUGAUAAUCGAUUAUUUAGAAGUCGAAAAAAGUUAACUGAAGCAGUUUUUGCAUUAACUUCAGUUCAAACAAAACUAGUUUGCGGUGAUGCAGUGGGUCGAUUAACUAUUUAUGAUUGGGAAGAUAUAAUUCAGUGUGAUGAAUCUCACAAACUUGUACCCACAUGCCAGUUUUUUGGUUUUAAGACAGAUUUAUUAAUUGGUCCGAAUGAAAUAAAUGCGACAACAUGUAUUGAUAAUAGUUUUAUCUUAUACGCCGGUUCUGGUGACAAUGCGAUUCGUUUGACGGAUAUCGAGCGCGCAGAUCAAGUCAUUUCAACUUUUAAAGGACAUGCGAAGUAUGUAAACGAAUUAGCAGUUCAUUCACCACAUGUGUUUUUAAGUUCAUCAGAAGAUGGUACAGUUCGUCUUUGGGAUGUUCGUUCUGAAGAUAUUUGUGUUUUUGAUGUAGCAUCACAUAGAAAACUGAGACGAAGAAACUGUGGCAUAGGAGUCUGUGCUCUAGAUGCUGGCGACGAAUUUCUGAUUUGUGGUGGUGACAUGGAAAUCGCUAUGUGGCACAUCAGUUCACGUUCCCUUGCCCAGCGUCUGACUUAUGAAGAUCGUUCUAUUAAGAGGUACACUGUUGCUAAAAUGGGUUGUGAUAGAAUGUUUGUAGGAGGAUCUUCUUCAAGAUUAUUGCAGUUUGACUACAUGGGGCAAUAUUUGACGUCAGUACGAACAUCACUUCGGAAUAUUUAUUCAGUGGAAUGUAAUUCCUCGCGAUCAAAUGAAAUGACGACAGCUGCUGGCGACUCUUCCUUGAUCAAUGUUUUUUUCAAUUCAGGCUAUGUUUCUUUAUGCCUCUCUACCGACUGA